AUGUCGAACACGUCAUCUAAUUUUCAAAACACUCUGAAACCAAAUUUUGAUGGCUGUGGGUGCCACGUGGUACCUGGUUGGGCCAUUGCACUUCUUGUGAUCAUUUGCAUACUCAUAGUGCUUGCCAUUGUCAUCAUUGUCAUGAUCGUCAUGACUUGGAUGAAGAUGAAGCACAGACCAUCUGUAUCCAACCAAACUCCAAAUGGAAUGGAAUUUGGAGGAAAAAGUUACGAUGAUAAAAGAUCUCAAAUAUCUCCAUCAUCAAGAGCAUUGCCCCAGAGAUCGAGCAUAAGAUUCAAUGACAACCCCACCACAUUUCCAGAUGCUUCCAGGAAGAUGAACUCCUUGCCACCUCUUGAUUCAACAAGGAAACAUUCUUCCAGAAGAAUCGAGGAUGAAAUAAAUGGCUCCUAUUAA